AUGGCGUUGGAAGCUGUGGUGUUUCAGCAAGAUCCUUUCAUUUAUGGCGUUGGUUUUCAACAACAACAAGAACAAAAGGCUAAUUACUGCAACACUGAGGAAAUGCUUGCUAAAAGUGGAGGCUUCGGUUUCGGUGCAACAUGGGGCACUUCAUUAUUCUCUCCGACGGACCCAUCGCCAGUCGACGUUCGGUCUUGCCGGCCGAGGAGACGGCGAGUCAAAGUUGUCAAGAACAGACAGGAAAUAGAGAAUCAGAGGAUGACUCAUAUUGCUGUUGAAAGAAAUAGGAGGAGACAGAUGAAUGAUUAUCUUGCUCAAAUUAGGUCUAUGAUGCCCAACUCUUACGCUCAAAGGGGGGAUCAAGCAUCAAUCAUCGGAGGAGCAAUUAAUUUCGUAAAGGAGUUGGAGCAUUUUCUUCAGUCUUUAGAAGCACGGAAAAGCAUGGCAAAAACACCAGAUAAUUCCAACCCUUUUUCAUCACUCUUCUCAGAUUUCUUUUCCUUUCCCCAGUACUCAACUGGCUCCAACGGUACCCACCUUAGCUAUGCCGUUGCCGAGAAUGGGUCAUCAUCACCGUCGCCCUCCGUUGCGGAUGUCGAAGUGACAAUGGUGGAUAGACACGCCAACGUCAAAAUACGAUCGAAAAAACAUCCAAAACAGCUCUUCAGCAUGGUCUCGGGGAUUCACUCUCUAGGCCUCCUCGUGCUUCACCUUAACGCCACAUCUGUUGAAAAUAUGGCCCUUUAUUCCUUCAGCGUCAAGAUUGAAGAGAAUUGUCAGCUAACAACAGUGAAUGAAGUUGCAGCAGCUGUUUAUGAACUGCUGGAUAGGUUUCAAGAAGAGGCAACUGCUUAAUUCAUGU